UUAAACAAGAACUCUCAUGCGUUAUUUCUGUUCACUAAUUAUAAAAAAGCUUUACUUAAUCAGAAGAGUUGAUCUCCGACUGGAACAUUCAGGCCUGUAGCGUGAAAGACUGAAAAUAUGAGGUUGGUUUGGAAUCUGGUACGGAUUAUUGUCAUUCUCCUCAUAGCUACAUGUGGUGUUCAAGGAAACGUUUGUAGCACUGACGAGUGCUCAUCACCGCCUGUAUACGGGGGUGGCACCCCUACGUUCAGCCCAGCUUCUUCUUGCUACUCUAAUGGUAACUUCGUAAACGUCACUUGUAGUGGAGUACUCUUCGGCCAAUCAGAAUGUUCCUGUUUGGAAUCGGAAUACAUUGAUACACCACCAACAUGUGAAGAGUAUCACUGUGCCAAACCUGUCUCGCCUGACCAUGGAUUCGAGAUCGAACCCGUCAACGAAUACGUUCUUUAUGAUGUCGUCUCUUUCUCAUGUGAUGACGGUUUCAUCUUGGGAGGAUCCGAGUCAGUGAUGUGCACUGGAACGGGGGAGUGGCAUCCAUCCAUCCCUAAAUGCUAUGAAAACUGCAUCAUACCGUACAUUGCCCACGGUAACGCUGAUUUUGCACCCGGUACUUCCCUGCAUGAUCAAGACCAAAUGAAUGUAUCAUGUGACGUCACCAGCUACACCCUGGAGGGAGUGGAUAUGGUCACGUGUCACGAUGGUACAUGGAAUCCACCCAUUGGACAAUGCCUCAGUAAAUGUCCAUCUCCGAUAAUCUCUGACUCAGACCAUUCCGUCAACCAUGGCGACGUUGAUCACGGUGAAUACGUGAUCGUUACCUGUGAUGCUGGAUACACGUUUGGAUUAGGCUCUGAUUACUCCUAUCCUCUGACAUGUCAUAAUGGCACGUGGGACUCAUCGAUCGAGUGCUCUGCCAAUUGUGAGCUGCCUAGUGUUUGCUCGUCACCUCCUGUAUACGGGGGUGGCACCCCUACGUUCAGCCCGGCUUCUUCAUGCUACCCUAAUGGUACCUUCGUACACGUCACUUGUAGUGGAGUACUCUUCGGCCAAUCAGAAUGUACAUGUGUGGAAUCAGAAUACAUUGAUCCACCACCAACAUGUGAAGAGUAUUACUGUGACAAACCAGUCUCGCCUGACCAUGGAUUCGAGAUUGAACCCGACAACGAAUACGUUCUUUAUGAUGUCGUCUCUUUCUCAUGUGAUGACGGUUUCAUCUUGGGAGGAUCCGAGUCAGUGAUGUGCACUGGAGCUGGGGAGUGGCAUCCAUCCAUCCCUAAAUGCUAUGAAAACUGCAUCAUUCCGUACAUUGCCCAUGGUAACGCUGAUUUUGCACCCGGUACUUCCCUGCAUGAUCAAGACCAGAUGAAUGUAUCAUGUGACGUCACCAGCUACACCAUAGAUGGAGUGGAUAUGGUCACGUGUCACGAUGGUACAUGGAAUCCACCCAUUGGUCAAUGCUUCAGUAAAUGUCCAUCUCCGAUAAUUUCUGAUUCAGACCAUUCCCUCAACCAUGGGGACGUCGAUCACGGUGAAUACGUGAUCGUUACCUGUGAUGCUGGAUACACGUUUGGAUUAGGCUCUGAUUACUCCUAUCCUCUCACAUGUUAUAAUGGGACAUGGGACUCAUCGAUCCAGUGCUCGGCCAAUUGUGAGCGUCCCAGAUUCCCAGACUCAAUGAUGAUCACCCCUGGAGCUCGAGUCGACCAGUCCCACUACCACAAUGACGUCAUCACGGUCAAAUGCGCGCCAAAUCAUGUCGUCGUCAACGGGCCACCCUCUGCAAGCAUGUCAUGUGAUAAUGGGUACUGGACCCCUACCAUGCUACCCAUUUGCAAACAUAUAAAUGAUACCUAAAUACUGCCUUGCAAUUAAUACAGUGGUGUAUCCAAUAUAGGGCGGAACCGUCUCCGUUUUUAGGUUUAAGAAG